GUCAAAUUUAUUUAGAUCGAUCUUGGCUUUUAUGGUGAACCUGUGAAAAUUGAGUUCCUGUGUGAUUUUGAUUCCAACUAUAUAAAAAAUACGCGAUAUCGCGUAUUUGUUUUCAAUUUAGUGUAAUUUACUAGUAAGUCACCAGUAAAACCGUAAAAAUGGGAAAUGAAAAUUCAAUCCCUAUGGAACUAUGUUCAAACUCUCGUGUUAACUGCAUUGAUUUUAAGGUGGAAAACUUCGACGCGGACGAGAUCCGGCGGCUGGGCAAGCGGUUCCGCAAGCUGGACCUGGACAACUCCGGCGCGCUGUCCAUCGACGAGUUCAUGUCGCUGCCGGAGCUGCAGCAGAACCCGCUGGUGCAGCGCGUCAUCGAUAUAUUCGACGCGGACGGUAAUGGCGAGGUGGACUUCAAGGAGUUCAUCCAGGGGGUGUCCCAGUUCAGCGUGAAAGGCGACAAACUGUCCAAGUUGCGGUUCGCCUUCCGCAUCUACGAUAUGGACAAUGAUGGCUUCAUAUCCAAUGGGGAACUGUUUCAGGUAUUAAAAAUGAUGGUCGGCAACAACCUGAAGGACACGCAGCUGCAGCAGAUCGUCGACAAGACGAUCCUGUUCGCGGACAAGGACGAGGACGGCAAGAUCUCGUUCGAGGAGUUCUGCAACGUGGUGGGCAACACUGACAUACACAAGAAGAUGGUCGUCGACGUCUAGGCGCCCGCGCCGCCAACUGUUCUUGCAAAACGCCACGUCUACGAGCUACGCGUUCGCUUCUAUCUGAUAAUCUGUCCGACGCACGCGAGUCGAAUUUGAAAUGCGAUUGGAUUUGAAAAUGGAAUCGAAAAAAAAAGAAAAAAAUUACCGUGUGACAGGAAGGUUUCGCGCGCAAUGCGCGCUUUGCUGUGAUUUGCCGUUUGAAAACAUGGCGUCGGUCGUUUUCGAUUCAAUUUUAGCGCGGUAACUUGUGUUCGUGGUUGAAGUGUUUGAAGUACGAUACUUAAUACUUAAUAGAUUUUAGGGCGGGUUUUGCAAGUCCAAUUGGAAUGUAGCAGAUAUUUACCGUGUUUACGGAUACGAGCGAGAAAACGUAAGGUUUUGUUUAACCGCUGGUUCGGUGACAUAUGUAAUGGUUCUCGUUAAUGUCGGAUUCUAACUUUAAGGUGUGUUUCCACCGAGGUUAAAAGUGCAUUUUAUUAACAAAAACAAAUAUUUGGUUGUCAUAACAUAAUCAUAACGUAUCAAAAAUAAGAAAGAUACUAAGUAUAGUUUGUCUUUGUGAAAUAUACUGUCAUAAUCAUUACAGUAAUAUUUGUUUGUAAAUACAAUCAGAACUUACUGAAACCAUGUACAAAUGACUCGUGGAAAGCACCCUUACGAACGAAUAUGCCUUAACACUACAAAUAUCAUGAGUGAAUCGUUUGAAUUUAUUCCAUAGUCCAGUAUCUUGCGUUUUCUCGCGAGUAAAGCAAGUUCUUGUUCGUCCUCAAAUCCUCUAUCGCUCUAGCUAGACACUUUUCUAAUUGCGCGUCUAUACAUGCCUUUACUCAGGGUUGCCAUAACUAAAAUCCUUAUUUACACCAAAUUAUUAUAUAUUUUGUUUUUUUUUUAUACCAGCAACUUUUUAAUUUUUAAUCAUACUAUAUUUACACCAUUUUCUUAUUAGUUAGUGCAAUAAAAUAGCGCCGCGUGUUAUGGACGCGCAUAAUUUCUAACAUAAACUAAAUAUAAGACAUGCAUUAUUUACUUUACACUAGUUGCAAAACAUUUAUUGUAGUCAAAUCAUUUAUACGUUUUUUUGUUGCGGUAAUUUAAUUGUAUUGUUAUUUAGUGUUUUAUAUUUAUUUAGGUGUCGGAUUGUACAUUAGGUCGAUAGUGUUCGCUGCGGGUGGAAUGUCGGUAGUUGCGGCCUGGGAACUCCAUCUAGUGCUUUGUUAAACAUGUGUUAUGAAUGCUUUUGCAAGUUUUUGAAUGGAUAGAUAAAAAAAUUGUGGAUGACACAUGAAUAUUGUGUAGUUACCCACAAAAAAAAAAAAUCCAUUUUGUCGCACAUAAAGCAAGUUUGAAGGAGGUGCUGGUUCAUAAGUAAAUUGCGCCUUCUUUAAGACAGUUUAAAAAUAGUAAUGAACUUGAUUUAAAAAGCCAUUUUAAAUGAUGUGAUUUUAAGAAUAUUUUACAUUUAUUUUUUUAAUAUAUAAAUAACCAUAAGUUUGAGGCUAUUAUGUGUGAAUAUUUAUAGUUUUCGAAAUAAUCAUAUAAAUCACUAGAUUGGUUCACCGGGUUGCGUAUAUUAUUCAGUGUCAGUACAAGUUAGCGUACAAAAUACUUGAGGGGCCUUCUACGUACUUCCACUUACCCUUACAUUUCGAAAGUGCUAAAUGUUUCCAAUGUCAGGGUCAUUGCUACACUCAACUUGUAUACAUAUUCUAUACAAGUUGCCUAAAAAAAAGCUAAGAUUGACUUACCACUAAUAAGGUAUUUUUUCUCGACUAUGAAACGCGUUGGGCGAUUGAUAAAACUUAUGUGACAAUUGUUACCAAUUAACUAUUGUUUUUCUUUAUUAUGUUAAAAUAAUUGAAUCACAAUCCCUAAAAUAAUUGAAUGCGUCUGAUGACGUAGGAUUGCAGAACAAACGAGAUGCAACGACCCUGACGUUACAAAAUUUAAAAUCCAUAAAAACUAAAGACAUCAAAACAAAAUAAGACACAUUAGAAUAAAGUAAAAUCACCAUCCACCUAACCCAGUGUUUCUGUCCAGGUCCUGAAGUCCCUUAAAUGAUCCUCACCAAGAGUUACCCUUACCCGUGCCACCUCUAACCCAGCCUAACGUUAUCCCAGCUCUGGAUUGAGUCUCAUUUUAUCCCUAGAGUCAGGUUGUGUGCACUUACAUUUGUCUAAUUCUGGGCUUUGCGAUGCUGCGUCGUUGUUUCGGCGUUUCAUUAAGGACACAAAUCCAAAUUAAUAUUUUUCCUGGUUAUUGUAACCCUAAUACAUAAACUAGACAGACACUUUGCCCAUACGUCAAGAUAUGGCAACAUCGCAUCGCUCAUAAUUAUUUAUAGUUAAGUUUUUGUAUUUUAUUUGGGAUGAUUGCAAAACAAAAACUGAAUAUACAAAGUUAAUUAAGUACUUAAUAAUAACAUUUUAGUUAAGGUUACCUAUCAAAGGACACAUGACAGAAAUGGUUAAUAGCAUUCAAAUGUAUAUUUGAAGUAAUUUUAUUCAAUUUUAUCGAGUUUUAAUAAAUUAUACACAUUUAUGUCGGAAUAUCGUUAGCAAUAUCAUCUUCGCCCUUACACGAAUCGACUUUUCUCCAGUUGUAAUUAGUUUUCUUUCGAAUAACAUAAUUAAGGAUAUACAUUAAAUAGUUAAAUGAAUUCUAAGCCGUUGGUCCGUUAUAUUAUGAUGUGUUUAAAGCACGAUUCGGUAAUCGUUAGAAUAAAAUUUAGACGCACGAAAUCUGUCUAGUCACGUUAUAAAUGCAAUAUUCUAUUAAAUGUCAUCGACGUAUGCGAGUUAUUUAGUAUUCGUCUCAUUUUAUAUUAUCUGUCCAUUGCCAUUUGUAUAAAUUUGUUGGUUAUGUCGAUAUAUCGCUUUCUCAUUACCGUUAAAGUAUAAGUGUGACUUAUUAUAAGGAAAGAGUACAAUUAAUUUGGUUAGGUUCCCACACGGUUACGUAUAAGUCGAGUAAACUGUAGAUAACCUGUAUUUACGAUUCACAAUAAAUAAAUGUUCUAAUCUAUAACGCAAUGUGCCUUUUUGAGUGCGGUAACACUAAGCAAUACACAAGAAUGGCAUUUAAUACGAUCUGUGCAUCGGUUACGGCGUAUCACUUUCGUUUUACUUAAAGUUUCGUGUUUUUAUGUAUAUUGUGUCGUAAUUGUGAUGUGUGGAAUGUAUAAUCUUACUGCGUGUACAUACCGUCGGUACGGCCUCGUCUCUACUUGAUAACAGCUUUAAUAUCGGGCAGACGAAAAAAGCUAAAUUGAAUCCAAAACAAUAGCUGUAUUUCAAAUCAAAAAUAAUAAAAUUUAACAUUCCUCUCUAAAAAGUAGUUCGAAGUUCGAACAAUGUCAAAUGAUGUAGAAUUUUUGAUGGCAACACCAAAACGUGUCAUGAAACAUCUCAUUCUUCUACUCCAAUACAGCUUAAAAGUCGGUUUUACCGGUAGAGACGUCGCCAUUCGCCAACAUAUAAUAAUAAUGAAUUAGUCACAUGUAGCUGCGUCUCCUCAUCUCCAUCGUUAGAUAGCGUGUCCUAAGUCUGUUCUCAACUGGAACUGAUUAUAAGUUUAUUAAAUUUUCAAAUUUCA